AUGAAAAAAUUAGAUAAUUUUAAAUCAGCAGCGAUUUAUGUCAAGGCUGGUUAUCAAGAGAAACAAAUUAUCCGUGAAAACCUACCUUGGGUCCUUGGGUCCUUGGGUGGAAAAUCCGGGGGGUAUAUCGCUGAACGAAUAAUACUAACGGUAAAAGCUAUGUUGGCAGAGGAGUAG